AUGCUGAGGGCUAGGCUAGCCAACCUUGCCAAGCUAGCAAGUGAGGCCACAUGUUGCACAUGUGGGCCAGGCUGGAACAACAGCCCACAUGACAGCAUAUGGCACACCAUAGAGGCCAGCAAGUCCAACCGGGGCCCACUCACAGACCGCAUCUGGAUGCCAGCAGCGGCCAUCACUAGCACUUCCCCAUUCCCCUUCCUCUCCCACACAACUCCUGCCCCAAACCCCUCCCCUCUCCCCCAUUGCUCUUGCCUCCCCUCUCUCUCCUUGCCCACAUGGCCUAGACCUCAAGUGCAUGGCAGCAGCGGGCGGACCCCACCAGUUGCUUCCCCAGCACUUCUCUUGUCCCCUCCCCCCAUUCCUCUCUCCAGCACUUCUCUUGUCCCCUCCCCCCAUUCCUCUCUCCAGCACUUCUCUUGUCCCCUCCCCCCAUUCCUCUCUCCAGCACUUCUCUUGUCCCCUCCCCCCAUUCCUCUCUCCAGCACUUCUCUUGUCCCCUCCCCCCAUUCCUCUCUCCAGCACUUCUUUGCACUCCUCCUCUGCUCUCGCUCCCUAACCCCUUUGCUCUUGCCUCCUCAACUCCUUGCCCACACAGCGCAGACCUCAAGUGCAUGGCAGCAGCAGCGGCCCUCACCAGCACGUUCCCAUCUUCUUUGCACUCCUCCUCUGCUCUGCUUUCCCACUUUUGAGGCGCCUCAAAAAGCGGCCCUCACAAGCACACCUCAAGUCAAUGGCAGCAGCGGCCCUCACCAGUUGCCACCUGCACCACCCGCACCUGCCUGCCUCUUUGCCUGCCUCCCAUACCCCAUGCCUUCUGUCCCUUCUCUCCCCCCCGCUCUUUGCCACCUCAAGUCCAUGGCAGCAGCGGCCCUCACCAGUUGCCACCUGCACCACCCGCCCUCCUCUGCUUCCCAUUCUCCACGCAUUCUCUGCCUGGGGCUAGGAGGGGGCAGUCUGCCCCUCUUCCUCGCUCACGCUCUGCCCUCCGCCCACGUUGAUGCAGUGGAGAUCGAUCCAGCAGUCAUAGCGGCAGCCAUGCGGCACAUGGGCUUCCCAGAAUGGGCCAUGCGAACCAAGACAAAACCAUUUUCUGGAUCAAAAGCAGAGGGAGAGACAGAGGCCCUAGCACUGGGUGGAAUGCCGCUACCAGAGGACCAAGCAGCUGCCGCAGCAGCAGCAGAGCGGGUAUUAUGGCAGGGUUUGUACGGAAGGGUGGCAGUUUAUAACGAGGAUGCAGUGAGCUUCGUUUUGAGGGCUGCAGAGAGGAUUGGGAGAGGAGGGGGGGAUGGGGAGAGUGGUAGGCGGGGGGAGGGGGAGAGAGCAGAUGCAGGAGAUAGGGAGGAGCAACAGGAGCCGUACGAUCUGGUGCUGGUGGAUGUGUUUGACGGCUCAGAUGAGACCCCGCCGGAGCUGCUGGAUAGGAACAGCCCGUUCUUGAGAGUCUUGACUCAGGUGGUUCAUCCGAAGCACGGCACAGUGGUGAUGAAUGUGCAUGCAGACGUGCCACCGCCAUCCCUGUGGGAGCGGGUGACGGGUCGAUUUGGGGACGGAUGGGCGGAUGAGAGUACGCAAAGAGGGAGAAGGAUCCAUAAAAUUUGCCGAGCCUACAGCUCCUCCCUGCUUCACCCAGCCGAAACCCACACAGCCCGGCAGAGUGGCAUAGGCUUCACAACAACAACCCCCUCCCAGGGCAAUAUGACCCUGGUAGUGCAGCGCGGGGUGGUGCUGGAGGGAGGUGGUGGGAACAGACAGGCAGAGCUAGAAGGGCGGUUGAAGGAGGGAGCAGCAGCGGUGGAGGAGGAGGGGGCUGUACCCUUUACAGUGGCACCCAGGGUUGUUAGAGGGCUCAAG